GGGCGGGGCCAGCCGCACUGCCUCCUGCAUCGGGGACCCAGGCCAGCGACCAGGCCGUGCUGGCAACGCCCCCUGCUCCUGCACAGACUACGCGGCGGGUACGAGCUCUGGGGGCUCCGCAGCCCCUCCAUCCCUGCCCGCUCAGCCUCUGCCCUCUGUCUGCAGCUCGGCCCGGCGCUGCCCGCCUCGCCGGCCCGCGCCGGAAUGGGGUAGGGACAGCGCCACCGAGUCGGGCGAUGGGCCGCCCUCUGGGCACGGAGCAGCCCCCCGAGGCCUGACGGACCGCAGGGACUGGCGGAGGAGCCCCGCCUGGAUGUCAAACGGAUGCCCCAGUGCCCCCCACGGCUGGACUCAGUGGGGACCAUGGCUUCGCUGAUGCCCCUCUCCCCCUACCUAAGCCCCACGGUCCUCCUGCUGGUCAGCUGUGACCUGGGCUUUGUGCGAGCAGACCGGCCUCCCUCUCCUGUGAAUGUGACGGUCACUCACCUCAGAGCCAACUCGGCCACUGUGUCCUGGGACGUCCCAGAAGGCAACAUCGUCAUUGGCUACUCCAUUUCCCAGCAACGGCAGAAUGGCCCCGGGCAGCGUGUGAUCCGGGAAGUGAACACCACCACCCGGGCCUGUGCCCUCUGGGGCCUGGCUGAAGACAGUGACUACACGGUACAGGUCCGGAGCAUUGGCCUUCGUGGAGAGAGUCCUCCAGGGCCACGGGUGCACUUCCGAACUCUCAAGGGUUCUGACCGGCUACCCUCAAACAGCUCAAGCCCAGGUGACAUCACAGUGGAGGGUCUCGAUGGAGAGCGACCACUGCAGACGGGGGAAGUGGUCAUCAUCGUGGUGGUGUUGCUUAUGUGGGCUGCGGUAAUUGGGCUGUUCUGCCGUCAAUAUGACAUCAUCAAAGACAACGACUCCAACAACAACCCCAAGGAGAAGGGGAAGGGGCCGGAACAGAGUCCUCAGGGAAGGCCAGUGGGGACAAGACAGAAAAAGUCACCAUCCAUCAACACCAUCGACGUUUGAGUGAAGAAACAGAACGAGAAGAGAGAUGCACUAAUGAUCUGGGGAUGGGGAUGGGGUCAGAGGGAGCCUAAAAAGGGUGACCAGCCCCAGACUAAAGGAUCCCACAGUCUCCCAGAGGAUAAUGAUACGCCCACAACUUCAGGCCUGGUCCCCAUCCUCUUUCCACUGUGAGCAGGGCCAGAAGGUAGGUCUGUUAGAGUCUGUGCCCCUGGACCUGGGGAGUGGCUAGCAGAUGGGAUGUCUCCUCCCAUCCCCCAGGCCCAGAGGAGUGUCACUCGUCCAACCCUAUCCCAUUAGGUCCCAACUGGGGGUCCCAUUUCACUCACAUCAGGACUCUUGGCGUCCUCAAUUGCCCCCACAUCUUGCCUCUAGGCCACAGAGAGGAGUGUUUCUGUGGGUACUUCCUUUCUCCCAACAAACAGAAGGAAUUGCUUGGGCCUAGAGGCAGAUGCUGCAUUGCACUACUCCAAUGUCUUCCAUGGAGCCUCAGGUGCUCCCCUUCUCACGGCGGCCCCUCCAGCUGCUGGUGGUUCCACCCCUUGGACAUUUUUCCAAUAAAGGUUCUUGGACAAACUGGA